UCCCUCAGAACCCCCCAAACCCUUAGCUCCCAAGCUCUAAUCUUAGUAAGAGCUCUCUCAUUUUUAUAUACAAAAAUUUUGUUCUUUGCGUGUGAGAAUUUUUGAUAGAUAUACAUCGUACAUAUAUAUAUGUGUUGUGAGUCAACUCGGUGGAACCAUGUCAAUUCGGUUCAAAUUCAGGAGCUCGGUGAACUUCGACUCGGUGGAUAUCGAUGGGCGGCCCUCUAUCUCCGUACGCGAAUUGAGGUUCAAAAUCAUUCGUCACAAAAAUCUCAACAUCUGUCAAGACUUUGAUCUCGUCUUUUCUGAUGCCCCUUCUGGCAAAGAAUAUGAUGACGAUAAUUUUCAAAUUCCAAGCGGUUCAAGUGUGAUAAUUAAAAGGGUUCCAGCGAGAACGGCACCUUCUGCUAUGGAGCCAAUUGAUGCUGUCAGGAGUACCGUGGGGAAAGGUUCUUAUCCUCAAAUUCAAGUUAUGGACCAAAUGGAUGAAUGUAAUGUUUUUGAGGCCGAUGUGAGUCCUGUUCCUACCGCAAUUUUAACUGGCUCUGAUCUAGAGGUUGACAAGAAUAAGUGUGGAAAUGGUGCCAAGGCAAAUAUCACUGGUUUAAGGUCAGGACGUCCAAAGCUUGAAUCAGAUGAUCAGCCUAUACCGAGAGGUUUUCAUGUUAGUGGAAAUAAGGGGAAGGCUGUGGAGGAACAAAGAGUAGGGAAAGAAACAGUUGAAGAGCGGACGAAAUUGGAAAAGUUAUUGGAUCCCAACUCUACAGCAGUGCUAGAUACAGGAUUGCCUUCAGAACUGAAAUGCUUUUUGUGCAAUACAUAUUUCAAGCAUGCAGUGAUGAUACCUUGCUGUCAGCACAGUUUUUGCGAGAAAUGCAUACGUCAGGAGCUGGUUGAGAAAACUAGGUGUCCUAAAUGUUUCUCCAACAAAUGCAAAGUGAAAGAUUUGCUGCCAAACUUAUCGCUUAGGCAAGCAAUUGAACAUUUUCUUGAGUCUCGAAUGCUUAUGGCUGGUUCAGAGAAUGCUUUCAACAAAUAUGUUCCUGAUGGGGAAUCUGGAAUUCAAGGUAAAGAUGCCUCUUGUGCUGUAACUGUUAUCCAGAGAGAGCCAGAACUGCCUCACUCUCCAUCUGCAACUGGGAAGGGAUCCAAUCAAGUUAUUGCAGAAUCAUUUUAUGGCUCAAUUAUGAGGAGAAAUGCGUCCUUUGGGCCCUCUGAGCUUAAUUUCAAUAAUUUAGCUGCAGGAAGACAAUCAGCAGCUCCUACAAAACAGAAGGGGGUCAAUUUGGUGCACACUUUGCCUCAAAAUCAUGUUUUUGAUGAAGCUGAUUCUACCCAUGACAGAAAGAGGGGAUGGUGGGUUGAAGGUGGAGAUAGAAAUUUUCAAGCCACUGGCAGACACAUCAAGAAUCAGGGAUACCGAACCUGUUACAUGUGUGGUUCUCCAGACCAUCUCUUCCGAGACUGCCCUGCUUCUUCUGGUCCACAUCCUAUGCUUCAGACUGGACCUGGUAUAGUUCAAGGGGGAGUUCCAGGUUAUGCAUCAUCCUACUGGAAUGGUGCUGCAUGUGCCCCAGUCAGGCCCUUUCCAAACAUAUAUUGCAGCCCUGCAAUGAUGACCUUCAAUGCUUCUCUAGUCCCUGUUUCACCCUAUGUGGUUCCUCCCUAUGCUCCACCUAUGUAUGGUGGCUUACCUAAUUCUGGGGGAAUCAUGAGAGCAGGAACUAUGGCUCAUCCUAUAGGAAACAGAGCUGAACAUCAUCUGGGCCAUUCUGACUAUAUGGAGCUUCGGUACUCUGAAAGCAAAAGGAAGUUUUCAAAUGAGAACUGGGGCAGAGGGCAAGAUUUUGAUGUUGAUGAAAAAAGUCACGAGCGCUAUGGAUGUCGUGAACCUGAAAGAUCACAUGAUUAUAGCAUUCGUAAAGAGAGGGAAGUAAGUGAAAGUCAUUCAGAUGACAGCUUUGCUCGAAGAUCAAGGAAGAGAAAAAAACAGGGUGAUCUUGGUGAUUCUGAUACUUACUCUGCUGAUGGAAGGCACGAGAAAAGUUCACGUUCCUCUGUUGCUGUAAGAGAUCAGAAGCUCUACUCCUCGGAGAGGUCCAGCCAAGUAAUAGAACACUUGCAUACUAGUUCUAGCAAGCAUAGUGAAGACAAGUACAAACCCCAUAAGAGAAGCUCAAGAAAACACCAUGAGAGAAGGGAACAGUCUCACAGUGAUCCUAGCUGGGGUCACCGACAUGUAUCUGGUAAAGCAGAUGAUGUUAGACGGAGGGUUGAUUCCCAUGUUAGAGAUUCACAUAAGAAACAUGACAACCAUUCAGAAUUUGGUCUGGAACCAAUAUCUCCUGGUGAUCAGAGAAGGUCAUGUAAAGAUCGAGAUUCUGGGUUGGAGUCUAGGCAUCCCAGGCACAAAAUGAAACUCAAGAAUGAAGAUUUGUAUGAUGAUAGGUGGCAGAUGGUUAGUGACUUGGAUGAAGACCGUAGAGAUGAUUAUUGUCGCCACAAACGGAAAAGAAUUCAUUAAAACAAGUAAAGGGCAUGACUUGAGCAAAAGUUUUAACCAGUGGACAUCUGGUUAUUGAAAAUAUUGUUCGGAUCCUUUUGUGUGCUCAGCUCCUGUCCAUCGUUCCAACAGCGGUAAUGCAGCUCGUGGAGGUAUGUUCUUUUUGAAAUACAAGGGUACAUUACUUACUCUUUAUUGUGAAAUCUGAGUGGAUUAACCCCCUUUAGUAGUUGCAUCUUUGAGAUCCUCUGGUUUAGUUUCAAUCAGCCUAUUAGCAAUUUCACUCUUGAUGUGAGUGAAACCUGAUGGCGUCUGAGACUGAAUCAAGUAGGAAUUAGGGAUGCACCUGUCUAAUGCAGCUUUGCCUAGAAGCAAGGCUGCCAAAGGGCAUACUCAGUAAUUUUUCUAGCACAUCUUCGA